AUGAUUCGUAUCUUGGUGAUUCUCUUUAUCAUCAGUAUCUCUCUCAGAGAAACCGUCUCACAAACCAAUAAUGUCACUUCAUAUAAACUCAAAGAAGGUCCAUUAGACACAGAAUGGACCCAAAAAGUUGGAUUAAAUCCAUGGCCAGAAUAUCCAAGACCUCAACUAAAACAAACUGAAUGGAAAAAUCUAAACGGAUUAUGGCAACUUAAGUUUGGAAAUAGUUCAUUAGAAUUAGAUUCACCUCCGUUUAGUCAUGGAGGUAAUGAUAAUAAAGGAUUUAAUCAAGAGAUUUUAAUACCAUUUUGUGUUGAAAGUUCAUUAAGUGGAAUCAUGAAAAAUAAUCUUACUUAUCUUUGGUAUAGAAAAACGUUUGUGAUUUCAAAGGAUUGGAAUCAUCAAAAGGUUUUAUUAAACUUUGGUGCAAUUGAUUAUGAAGCUACUAUUUUUCUCAAUGGUAUAAAUAUCAAUUUUCAUCGUGGUGGUUAUUUUAAAUUUUCGAUUGAAUUGAGUCAAUAUCUUAAGCCUAUUGGAGAAGAAAAUGAAUUAUUGGUGUUUGUUUAUGAUCCUACUGAUACGGGUGGUGUCAGACCAGUGGGCAAACAAGCUGUCAUACCAAGUCACGUCUUUUAUACCGCAACCACUGGGAUUUGGCAAACUGUGUUCUUGGAGCCAGUUCCUGACGUUUAUGUAACCAAACUUGAUGCUAAUGCUGAUAUGCAUGGUGUAGUGAACCUUCCGGUCAAAGUUACGCUACACUCACAACAACCGUCUUCAAGUUCUACAGAUCAGACUUCCGCUUUACCUCCUACUCUUUUAACAGUCACGGGCACUUCCAACAAGCCUUUUACUUUCAAGUUAGAUUCUCCAAAACUAUGGUCACCUGCCACACCUAAUUUGUAUUACUUUACUGUUCAACUUGGAAAUGAUAUAGUAGAAAGUUAUCUUGGGUUUAGAACUAUUGAAAAGAAAUUAGAUCAGAAAGGGAUCAUUAGACCAUUCCUUAACGGAGAAUUUGUUUUUCAAAUCGGACCUUUGGAUCAAGGGUUUUGGCCAGAUGGUAUCUACACCCCACCAACGUACGAGGCUAUGGAAUCUGAUUUGAAAUUACUCAAACAAUUGGGCUUUAAUAUGUUAAGGAAGCAUGUCAAAAUCGAAGCUGACUUGUACUACUAUGCUUGUGAUCAAUUAGGAUUAUUAGUUUGGCAGGAUAUACCAUCACUUAACUUAUUCCCAGAUCCUGCAAUCGAGCAGAGUGUUGAGUUUGAAAGACAAGUAUACCGAAUGGUAGCUGCAUUGAAUAGUUUUCCAUGUAUUGUCACUUGGGUAAUUUUCAAUGAAGGAUGGGGUCAGACUUCUGGAUCACCUGAAAUUGAAAUUACUGAGAAAGUUAGAGUCUUGGAUCCUACUAGAUUGGUGAUGUCAGUUUCAGGUUCGAGAGAUCAUGGGGCUGGAGAUUUCUCUGAUAAUCAUCACUAUGCUUCACCACAAUGUGGAACUCCAUUUUAUUCAUUAGAUUCAUCAACUUAUGAUUCAAAAAGAAUCGGAUCACAAGGAGAAUUUGGAGGGAUUGGACAAAUACCUGAAUUAAAAAACGCAUGGAAUGUAAAAGAAGCAAUCGAAUCACAAAAUCGAACUUAUGAAAUCACAACUUCAUCUUCUAUUUGGAAUUAUUGUGCUUUAAGAGUCAUUGAAGAAUUAAAAGAACAAUCUCAACUUUAUAGUUGUAGUGCUGGAGUUUAUACUCAAACUAGUGAUAUAGAAGGUGAAGUUAACGGAUUGGUCACUUAUGAUCGACAUGUUGUAAGACCAGAUAUCAAGAAAUGGAAUACACUCAUCACCUCACUUUACAAUAGUCCUCAAUGA